UUGGUUGUGUUAGUCUCAUUGCUAGUUGUAUUUUCACAUCAUACAAAUAAUAAAGAAAUUCCAGAUACAGAUGCUCCGUUGCCCCCGUCAGACAUGCCCAUGGGUGUUUACGACCGGGCCGGGGUUGUGUCCAACGGAGAACCAUGUGCCAAAAUUGGACGUAACGUUUUGAAAAAUGGUGGCAAUGCAGUAGACGCAAUUAUAGCUACAUUGAUAUGUGACGGUGUUCACUGUCCGGAAUACAUGGGAUUAGGUGGAGGAUUUUUGAUGACUAUAUAUAAUGCUACUACUAAAAAGGCAACCGCAGUCAACGCACGUGAAUCGGCACCAGCCGCUGCCAAUGAGACUAUGUUCAUUAAUGACUCGAUCAAAUCUCAAAAAGGCGGACUAGCAAUCGCCAUACCCGGAGAACUUAAAGGAUACUGGACUGUUUAUAACAAAUACGGCGGUGGAGUAACAUGGAGUUCGUUAUUUGAGCCAACGAUAAAGCAGUGCGAAGAGGGAAUAGUCGUUAGCCAACGUUUGGCAACUAACUUGGCGCGCUAUGAAGACUUAAUUAAAAAUACCACAACAAUCAAGGAUUAUUUUAUUGAUGAAAACACCGGCAGUGUAAAAAAAGCCGGUGAUGUUUACAAAUUACCCAAAUUAGCCGAGGCCAUGAGGAUCAUUGCAAGAGAUGGAGCAGAUGCACUGUAUAAAGGACAGCUGACAGCUGAUUUUUUAAAAGACAUUAAAAAUAACGGUGGAAUAAUAACAGCAGACGAUUUAGCAAAUUACAAUGUGGAAAUUGAAGAGGCGUUUAAGGUGAGCUUGUAUAACGGUCUAAAAUUACAUGCAGGACCUCCGCCAGGCUCCGGAGUAAUUUUAGCUUACAUUUUACGAGUACUGGAUAGAAAACUACCAUCUCGAAAUGCAAGCCUAGACGCCCAUCAUUUAGUGGAAGCAUUCAAAUUUGGUUAUGGAGAACGGACUCAUCUUGGUGACCAUAAUUACGUAGACGUGUCUCAGAUUUUCCAAAAAGUCAGAUCGGACAAGUAUAUGAAGCAAAUACGAAAUAAGAUAAACGAUAGCUUCACAUCUUUACAACAAGAGUACUACGGAGCGUAUUCUGGAAUACCCGCUGACCAUGGUACUGCUAACGUAGUCGUUUUAGAUGACAUGGGAAGUGCUGUUGUUGCAACAAGCACCAUAAACACAAUAUUCGGUUCUGGUGUAAUGUCUACAAGCACAGGUAUUAUUUUAAACAAUGAAAUGGAUGACUUUUCGACACCGGGUGUUCCGAAUUUUUUCGGUAUUCCACCAUCCCCGGCGAACUACAUACGACCGGGGAAACGACCAAUGUCUUCGAUGUGCCCAACAGUAAUAACAAACAGCAAAGGAGUCGUCGUGCUAGCAUUAGGUGCAGCGGGUGGAUCUAAAAUCACACUAGCUACGUCUUAUGUAGCUGCUCUGGUACUUUGGUAUAAUAAAUCCCUUAAAGAAGCUGUAGACGAGUCCAGACUCUAUCAUCAGUUGGUGCCAAUGAAAAUUGAUUACGAAUACGGUGUGCUCAGAAAAGUGAUUGAACAUUUGACUGAAAUUGGUCACCCGGUAAACAGACUGAAAUUUAGAGGAGGUUCGGCCGUUACAGCUAUUCACAAAACUGUGUCUGGUCAGAUAACAGUAAUGGCAGACUUUAGACGACCAGGAAACACUUCGGGGUAUUAG